CUCCCAAAAUUCAUCGCUCGCGAGGACAGCCCAGGAGUCAUCGUGGAGUGAUGCUAUUGCAACCACUGAUCGUUUUGGGUCUGCUGCUGGCGCGAGGUGGCGUGUGUGCACCGCCCAACGUGCUGUUCAUACUGGCAGACGAUAUGGGCCUUUGGGCAGCGAGAACGUAUGGCAACCCAGAGAUCUACACUCCCAACAUUGACAAGCUGGCCGAGGAAGGGCUCAAGUUCAACCAGGCCUUCUGCAACACCCCGGUGUGUUCUGCCAGUAGAACCUCCUACUUUACUGGCCGUCUGCCCAGCCAGCACAACGUACACGACUGGAUAGCUGGCGGGAACGGAUGUACAGAUGAGGGCAUCUUUUACACUCGCUACGAGACGGCGUACACGGACGUACUGACCAGAAACAACUACACUUGUGGUAUCAGCGGAAAGUACCAUCUUGGAGACCAGCCCGUGCCACAGCAUUCAUUCACACAUUGGUUCGUCCACCAGAGAGGCGGAGGAGACUACAUCAACCCUCCCCUGGUCCAGAACCUCAAGUGUGUCACCUUGGACGGCUACGUCACGGACAUCAUUACCGACGAUGCAAUAGAGUAUCUCAACAACUACACAAAGAGCGGUGCAAAGCGGCCGUUUUACCUCUCUGUUCACUACACUGCUCCGCACAGUCCCUAUACCGGCUCUGACGGUAAAGCCAGUAGCAUGCACCCCCCAGACAUCGUAAAACUGUACGACAAUGCCACAUUUGUCUCUUGCCCGCAAGAGCCGAUGAGUCCGUAUGCAGACAGAGGCUGGGUGGCCGGAGGGCUCACUAGACAGUGCCUCGGGAACCGCGAAUGUCUAAAGGGGUAUUACGCUGCAGUCACUGCAAUGGACCUCAACAUUGGUCGGAUGCUAGACACACUAAAGAUGAACAAUCUCGACAGAACCACUCUGGUCGUGUUUUCCAGCGACCACGGCUUCAACGCCGGCCACCACGGUCUCUGGGGUAAAGGCAACGCGGCCUACCCUCUCAACAUGUUUGACACGUCUCUCAGGAUUCCCAUGAUAUGGAGACACCUCGGAGUCGUUCAGCCUGGCGUGGAAGAAAGCGUUGUCCAGGUAGUUGACGUAGCACCUACUCUUCUGGCCUAUGCCGGCAACUUUUCCUUCCCGAAAAACUCUAACCUAGCCGGAGAGAGCUUUCUGGAUCUCCUGCUCGACCCGUCCAAGAGAAACUCGAGAAAGGGGCGCACAAUCUAUGGGGAGUACGGCCAGGCCCGUUAUGCCAGGGUCAACUCGUCUAUGAAGUACAUUGCGCGACUGACUGGUCACAUUGAGCUGUACAACUUGGAGACUGAUGCAAACGAGACGCAUAAUCUCGUUGAGCCGUUUUCAACCACAGCCGAGAAGUUUGAUGCCGAGCUGCUCAUGUACGAUAGAGCAAUGCGGCAGUAUUUCUCCUUUUUGGAGGACCCGUACGUCAGCGGAUGGGACAAGAGCGUGACUGGCCUGGGACAGCUGAGAGCUGUGUACUAUAACAAGACUGGAUGGCCCAAUAGUCCGCCAUUUGUGGGGCUGCAGGAGCAAGGCUAUCGGGUGUGCAGUGAUCCUAGAGCUAAUGCUUGCUCUGUUGUGUAACAGAUUUAUA